GUGUUCGGCAACAUAGCAUAUGUUUCUCAAACUUCUUGGAUACAAAGUGGGACGGUUCGAGAGAAUAUACUAUUCGGCAAGCCAAUGGAGAAAACAAGAUACGAGAAUGCCAUUAGAGUUUGUGCCUUGGAUAAGGAUAUCAAUGAUUUUAGUCAUGGUGAUCUUACAGAAAUAGGUCAGCGAGGGAUUAACAUGAGUGGAGGACAAAAGCAAAGGAUUCAACUUGCUCGUGCUGUCUACAAUGAUGCUGACAUUUAUCUCCUCGAUGACCCUUUCAGUGCAGUUGAUGCUCACACUGCUGCUAUCCUUUUCAAAGACUGCGUAAUGACGGCUCUAAGAGAAAAAACAGUCAUUCUAGUGACACAUCAAGUGGAGUUUCUCUCAGAAGUUGAUACAAUCCUGGUAAUGGAAGGUGGAAAAGUUACUGAAUCAGGAAAGUAUGAGAAUCUCUUAACAACUGGGACUGCCUUUGAACAACUUGUGAGCGCUCACAAGGAAGCAAUUACAGAGUUGGAUCAGAAUAAUGAGAACCGAAUUCAUAGAGAAGAGUCUCAAGGUGUUUAUAAAUACCAAAGUGAGGGGGAGAUUUCUACGGAGGGUCAACUUGGGAUGCAACUUACACAAGAAGAAGAAAAAGAGAUUGGUGAUGUCGGCUUCAAGACAUUCUGGGAUUAUAUUUCCUUUUCCAGGGGUUCAUUGAUGCUGUUUUAUAUAGUUUUGGCACAAUGUGCUUUUGUUGCUUUGCAGACUGCAUCAACGGUUUGGCUUGCUUUAGCCAUUGAUAUUCCAAAAAUAACUAGUGCCAUCUUGAUUGGGGUGUACGCAUUAAUUUCAUUUUCUGGUGCUGCGUUUACAUAUAUAAGGUCUCUCUUGACCUCUUACCUUGGAUUAAAUGCUUCCAAAGCUCUCUUCACAAGUUUCAAUACUGCUAUCUUCAAUGCUGCUAUGCUGUUCUUUGACUCAACCCCCAUAGGAAGGAUUUUAACAAGAGCUUCAUCAGAUUUAAGUAUUUUGGAUUUUGACAUACCUUAUUCGAUCACCUUUGUAACAUGUAUACCAAUUGAAAUUUUGGUGAUUAUUGGUCUAAUGGUUUUAGUAACAUGGCCAGUUCUCAUUGCUGCCAUUCCAGCAAUAGUUGCGUCAAAAUAUGUUCAGGAAUAUUAUCAAGCCUCGUCAAGGGAAUUAAUGAGGAUCAAUGGAACCACGAAAGCUCCUGUGAUGAAUUUUGCAGCUGAAACAUCACUUGGUGUUGUUACUGUGAGAGCAUUCGAUAUGGUAGAAAGAUUUUUUAAAAACUACUUAAAGCUUGUAGACACAGACGCAACACUGUUUUUUCAUUCUAAUGUGGCCACGGAAUGGUUACUUUUGAGGAUUGAAGCACUUCAAAAUUUGACAGUCAUCACUUCAGCUUUGCUACUUGUUCUAUUUCCUCAGGGAUACGUGUCCUCAGGUCUUGUGGGACUAUCUCUCUCUUACGCAUUAUCCUUGACGUCAUCAUAUAGAUUUUGGACUCGAAUGCAUUGCAACUUUUUAAACUAUCUUAUCUCUGUUGAAAGAGUCAAGCAAUUCAUUCACCUACCCUCAGAACCUCCUGCUAUUGUGAAGGACCACCAACCUCCAUCUUCAUGGCCAUCCAAGGGCAGGAUUGACCUUCAAGCCUUAGAAAUUAGAUACCGUCCUAAUGCUCCAUUAGUGCUUAAGGGUAUCACUUGCACGUUUAGAGAAGGGAGUAGAGUGGGAGUUGUGGGAAGAACUGGAAGUGGAAAGAGUACACUCAUAAGUGCUUUGUUUCGUUUAGUUGAGCCAGCAAGCGGUGACAUUCUCAUAGAUGGGAUUAACAUAUGCUCAAUGGGGUUGAAGGAUUUGAGAAUGAAACUAAGCAUCAUCCCUCAGGAACCAACUCUUUUCAAGGGCAGCAUCAGAACCAACUUGGACCCUUUAGGCCUGUAUUCAGAUGAUCAGAUAUGGAAGGCUUUAGAGAAAUGUCAGCUUAAGGAAACUAUCAGCCAUCUUCCAAAUCUCUUAGACUCUCUGGUGAGUGAUGAAGGUGGAAAUUGGAGCUUGGGACAACGGCAACUGUUUUGUCUUGGAAGAGUACUGCUUAAGAGGAACAGAGUUCUUGUUCUGGAUGAAGCCACUGCCUCCAUUGACUCUGCCACAGAUGCAAUUCUACAAAGAAUUAUCAGACAAGAGUUUGAAGCAUGCACAGUUAUUACAGUGGCUCACAGGGUUCCCACUGUUAUAGACAGUGAUAUGGUUAUGGUCCUCUCCUAUGGGAAAAUGGUGGAAUAUGACGAGCCUUCGAAACUAAUGGAUACCGACUCUUCAUUCUCUAAGCUGGUAGCUGAAUAUUGGGCCAGCUGCAGCAAGAAUUCCUCCUAAAAUCUUUGUUUGCAGCAACAUUAAAAAAGAAGACAAAUAUACGAAAUAAAAUUAAGUAAUUGAAAUUUUAGAAGGUUGUGGGACUUUUUCAGAGUGGUCCUUCCUACACUUUGUGUAUCAGUUUGGAAGGGUGUGGAAGCUUUAAUGAUAUUGCAUGGAGUGAUGUUCAAUUUAUAUCAGCAAAAUAAACUCAUUCAUAUCAGGAAAAUAAAUUGAUGCUGCAUUGUAGCAACUAUUCACUGAACUAGCAAUGACUUCCAAAUCCAUUCUUUUG